UUUGUAUAUUAAUAUUCCAGACUACAAAUAGAGUAUAUAACAUUAUUAAGGUUAGCUUCUGUACAAGCUAGAGAAUCAAAAGGCCUGGGAUGUCUCUGACUCUAUUGAUGUUUUUGUUUUAUUACUAUUAUUAUUAUUAUUAUUUUAAUGAGUACAUAUGUGUACAUUUAUUUAUAAAUUAUAAUAUGUAAUUGUAAUUUAUGAAAUACAUAUUUUUGAAUAGUGUGUUGGACUAUAUUGUUAACAUUGUGCCUAAACCUAAAUCCUGGUCUGUGCGCCUAGAACGUCUUCACUUUAAACAACGUUGCUCUACAGUUACUAAGUUAUUCUUUAAAAUAAAUAAAGCAAUUAUGUUUAUGUAACAUAUCUGUUAUCACACAAAACGCCAAACAACCGAGGAAGUCUAAACGUAUCGCAUAUUGGCCGCUUCCGUAAUGUGUUCACUACUUAGUUGUUUUUCAAAUACCGGUUGAAAAACGGUUAACGGUCGACAGACUAUUUAAAACAAACUUUUAGCUCCCUUUUAUGUAAGGCCCAGAAUUUUGCAGGCAUACUGGGGGUGAAAUCAGGAUUCCGCAAUAUCACUCUCCUCCUCAUCUUCAUCAUCUUCACCCUGUUCAAGUAAGAACAGCCUCUCUCCUCAGCAUCCUUCUCUUUUUUACUGCUUCACUGCAGUAGCUGUGGGCUAAAGUCUGGCUAAACUCCACCCAUCUGAGAAGUGACAACUUGACUGUCGGCUUUGCAUGGUAUACAAAACAUCAAGGUUGGCUAUUUCUAGGAUUAAAAAAAGAAAUAAGAAUUGCAUGUUCAAGUUCACCUGGGGCUGCUGCUUCGUUGGCUCGCUAUCAGUUGGUGUAGCUGGAGAGCUAACUAGCAGAUGCCGAGUGUUACGGUGAAAGAUGUCAACCAGCAAGAGUUUGUCAGAGCUCUGUCAGCUUUCCUCAAAAAGUCUGGAAAACUGAAGGUCCCAGAAUGGGUUGACACUGUGAAACUUGCCAGGCACAAGGAGCUGGCUCCCUGUGAUGACAACUGGUUUUACACUAGAGCAGCGUCCACGGCCCGUCACCUGUACCUGCGGGGAGGGGUUGGCGUAGGUGCAAUGAUCAAAAUCUAUGGAGGGCGCCAAAGGAAUGGCGUAUGCCCCGCUCACUUCAGCAGGGGCUCCAGAAAUGUGGCGAGGAAGGUCCUCCAGGCCCUUGAGGGUCUUAAGAUGGUAGAGAAGGACCCCAGUGGAGGAAGGAGACUCACUGCUCAAGGCCAGAGAGAUCUGGACAGGAUCGCAGGUCAGGUUGCAGCAGCGAGCAAGAAACAGCGGAGUUUACAAAGCGCUAUCUGAGGAAAGCAUGCAAAGAAUUCAGAGAAGUGUUAUGGUGCGGCUGUGCCCGGCUCUUUAUUUACUCCAGUUUGCCAGGCUCCCUUAUCA